AUGCUAAGAUGCUCAGAUCUAAAAGGUCUGACAGUCUCAGGGUCAGAAGAAAGACUGAUCGCCAACCUUUUUGCAGAUAACACAACCACCUUCCUUGAUGAGAAUGAUGACUUCAAUGACCUCAUGUGCCUACUGGAUACCUGGUGCCUUGCUAGUGGAGCCUGUUUCAACGUUACGAAAACCCAAAUCAUCCCGAUUGGUAGCAAAGAUUUUCGUCUGAAGCUAAGCACCUGCUGGAAAGCAAAGGAUAACUUUAAUGAAAUACUGAGAAACAUCCACAUUGUUAAAGAAAAAGAGGCCAUCCAAAUUCUGGGUGACUGGAGCCCAUGCCAAUAUCUUACUGUGGUGCAGGGCAUGCCAAAACAUGUAAAGGACAAACUCAAGAAACAAAUAUGGAAGUUCAUUUGGGAAGGAAAAACAAAAAACCUAGUUGAUUUUGAGACAUUGAAGGCCUCAAGGAGCUAA